AUGAAUCAAAGAAAGAAUUAAACCUAACAAAAGAAAUUUAAUCCUGCAGAUUAUGUUAGACCAGGUGUUACUGAAGACGAAGUCAUCGAAAUUAAGGAAGCCUUUGAUCUUUUCGAUAUGGAUCUUGGUGGCACAAUUGAUCCUUCUGAACUUCAAGCUGCUAUGAGAUCAUUGGGUUUCGAAGCAAAAAAUUAAACAAUUUAUAAAAUGAUUGCAGAUCUUGAUACUGAUCAAAGUGGUUAAAUCAAUUUCGCUGAAUUCUUAAAUUUGAUGACCGCUCGUAUCUCUGAUAAGGACUCAAGAGAAGAUAUCAGAAAAGUUUUCAUGCUUUUCAAUGACGAAAACAAUGUUGGUAUCUCAAUUAAGUAACUUCGUAGAAUUGCCCAAGAAUUAGGUGAAUAAAUGGAUGAUUCUGAAUUAUAAGAAAUGAUUGAAAGAGCUGAUUCAAAUGGUGAUGGAUUGGUAACAGAAGAUGAUUUCUACAAUAUUAUGACAAAGAAAAAUUUUGUUUGA